GGAGGAGAGAGGAGGGGAGACCCGUCGCCUCCCUCCCUUGCUCGCUGACUUGCUCCCUCCCGGGCUGCGGCUGCUGCAGCGGCGCGGCGGGAGCUGCCCGGAGGCCGGCGUCGAGGAUUUGCUUCUGUCUCCACUGUCCAUCCUCCCACAGGGACCCUCUGCCCUCUCUCCUAAGAUGGCAGCCAGCAGCUCUGAGGUCUCUGAGAUGAAUGGGGUGGAGAGGAGUCCCGAGACCCAGGGAGGAGGGCCUGGCUCUACUGAAACCCACCCAGCAGGGGUCCCAGACCAGCCAGAGGCUGGGCAGGCAGACCCAGACAGCACCGCAGACCCAGACAGCACCGCAGCCCCUGUGGACUCAGGGCCCAAGGCUGAGCCGGCUCCGGAAACCUCAGAGACCCCCGCUGAGGCCCCAGCGACAGCCCUGGCCACAGACCUCAGCUUGAGCCCAGGAGGGGACUCAAAGGCCAACUCCAGCCCCAAAGAAACAUGCCAAGAGCCAGCGCCCAAGCCCGAAGUGAACAAAGAGGCCCCUGCAGACCAGGGGCCCAAGCUGGAGACUGCAGCCCCGCCUGAGCCAGCCGCAGAGCCAGAACUCCAGUCACAGCCCCAGCCAGACGCUCAGCCAGACCCCCAGCCGGCUGCCCAGCCCGCCCCCAGUCAGCCAGAGGCCCCUGCCCAGGAGGACCCCGCCCCUGAGGUCCUGACCGAGAGCCGAGAGGAAAAGCAAGAAAAUGGGGCGGUGGUCCCGCUGCAGGCUGGUGAUGGGGAGGAGGGCCCAGCCCCCCAGCCUCACUCACCACCCUCGACCAAAACCCCCCCAGCCAAUGGGGCUCCCCCUCGUGUGCUCCAGCAGCUGGUUGAGGAGGACCGAAAAGGGAAGGCGCACGGCGGGCACCCGGGCUCUCCCCGAGGGAGCCUGAGCCGCCACCCCAGCUCCCAGCUGGCCGGGCCUGGGGUGGAGGGCGGGGAAGGCUCCCAGAAACCUCGGGACUACAUCAUCCUGGCCAUCCUGUCCUGCUUCUGCCCCAUGUGGCCUGUCAACAUCGUGGCCUUCGCCUACGCCGUCAUGUCCCGGAACAGCCUGCAGCAGGGGGACGUGGACGGGGCCCAGCGUCUGGGUCGCGUGGCCAAGCUCUUAAGCGUCGUGGCGCUGGUGGGCGGUGUCCUCAUCAUCAUUGCCUCCUGCGUCAUCAACCUGGGCGGUGAGUGGAGCUCGGGGCCAGGCAGGGGAGGAGCGGGAGGGUGGUCCAGGGGCAGCUGCGUUACUAACCCCACCCCUGCUCUCUCCUGUCUGCCCUCUCUACUUUGUCUCCCCCGUCCCCUCCCCUCCUCCUCUCCCGCAGUGUAUAAGUGAGGGGCUCUGCCCCGCGCUCCGACUUUUCUUCCUGUUGGGAGCUGCCUUGGGUCCAUCCCUCCCCUGGGGGGAGCCCAGCCGAUGGCCCUGGCCCCCACCCCUAGGGACCAAGGGAGCCUGAGCGGCCUUGUUUACAGCUUCUCUCCUGCUCCUGCGUCCUGCCAGGCUCUGCCAACCGUAGGCCUCCCUUCUCCCCGCACCUCUGCCUGCGCCCCCUCCGGCCCCUGGGCCUCCCUCUCCCUCUCCUGCACUAAUGGAAACCUUGCCCAUGUCCCAGCUCUGCGCCCCCCAGCCCCCCGGAAGUCUGAACCUCAACCCUGCACCUCGCCCUCGCUUCUCUCCUCGCUUUCUGGACGUCUUCCCCAUUCAUUUCUACCCAACUUUUUAUUUUCUUUUAAAUCAUCCCCCCUUCCCUUUGCACAUCGCCCACCGCCUUCCUCUCCCAGCCCCCUCCUCGCCACCCCCUUUAUUCUGCAGAACCCCAGCUCUUAGAGCAGACUGGAGGAGGGGAUUGGUGUCGGGGGAGGGGUCCCCAGCCCCCAGGGCUCUGACUGUUCUCUGCUGGGCCCGCCCUGCCCCCUCGCGGGUCGCAGACUUCGGUGACCCGGCUGCCCCUUGGGGACCCGAGCAAGGGUGGC